AGACUUUUAUUAAAAAAGUUUUCUUUUCCUUCCUUUACUUCGGAUGCAAUUCUCUGCCUUUUCUUCUUCUUCGAUCUUCGUUCCUCAAAAAUUUAUCCAGUCUAAUAAUUCUCCAUCCAAUUUAGGGUUUUCAUUUCUUACCUCAUAAAAACAUCACGUAGCUUCUCCCCAUCGUUGCAAAGACAGUGACAAAGAUAAAGGGUGAGUUCAAUGGCUCUAUCCAAUUCAAGCCAGCCGGAUUUUGAUUAUCUGUUUAAGUUAUUGAUGAUUGGAGAUUCUGGAGUUGGGAAGAGUAGUCUUCUUCUCAGUUUUACAUCUGACACCUUCGAAGAUCUUUCUCCCACAAUUGGUGUGGACUUCAAAGUAAAGUUAGUUACCCUUGGAGGGAAAAAGUUGAAGCUUGCGAUAUGGGAUACAGCUGGACAGGAACGGUUUAGAACGUUGACGAGUUCAUAUUAUAGAGGAGCACAAGGAGUCAUACUAGUUUAUGAUGUAACCAGGCGAGAUACAUUCACAAAUCUUGCUGAUGUAUGGGCUAAGGAAAUUGAUCUCUACUCCACUAAUCAAGACUGCAUCAAAAUGCUUGUGGGGAACAAAGUUGACAAGGAAAGUGAAAGGGUAGUUACUAAAAAAGAAGGAAUUGACUUCGCAAGGGAGUAUGGGUGCCUAUUUCUUGAGUGUAGUGCAAAGACUCGGGUUAAUGUGGAGCAAUGCUUCGAGGAGCUUGUUCUUAAGAUUUUGGAUACACCAAGCCUUGUAGCUGAAGGUUCGGCAGGUGGAAAGAAGAACAUCUUUAAACAGAAGCCACCACAAACUGACGCAGCAUCAGCUAGUGGUUGUUGCUGAAGUUGUUCCAAUGGCAGGUUACUCCUAUCAAGAGGAGGCAUUUUACGUCUGAUGUAAAUUCACUAUCAAAAAGAAAAAAAAAAGAAGAAAAAAACUACCACCGAAACUAUAGUAAUAGCAAAUUGUAGUACUGUUUGUGUGUUUAUUUAUUUAUGUGUUAAAACUGAUUAAUGCAACAGUUGGUGGGUUUGCUUUCUCUUU